UAUGGUUUGUUUUGAUGUUGGAAAUUGCUGGAAUGUUGUGAUUUUUUCGUAAAUAAAAUUAAAGUUAAAGAGUAGAAUUUUGUUCUUGGUUCUUGUUGUCUUUUAACUAUAAAUUGUGUAUUCAUGAAAUACUCUACUUAGUGUAAACGUGAACGUGUCGGUUGUGUUAUAAUUGUACUAACCUUUGAGUGCAAUUUUUUUGGAUUUCUCUUUAUUAAAACCCAUAGCCAUGGCUCACUACAAAGGUGCAGCUUCUGAAGCUGGUCGCGCCAUGCAUCUCAUGAAGAAAAGGGAGAAAGCGCAACAAGAGAUUGAAUUACGCAAGAAAAAAAUUGAAGAAGAUCUUAAAAUUGAUAAUAUUGAGACCAAGUUUGCCACUCACUAUGAUGCGGUUGAGGCUCAGUUGAAGAGCUCCACUAUUGGUCUUGUGACUUUAGAUGAAAUGAAAGCAAAACAAGAGCAUAUAGUUCAAGAAAGAGAGAAGAAAUUAGCUCAGAAGAAAGCUGAAAAGGAGAAGGAGAGACAAAAAGAGAUAGAAGCAAAACAGGCCCAGAAGAAUAAACAAAAACAGCAGAUUCAAGCUUUGUCAUUUGCAUUGGAAGAGGAAGAGGAUGAUGAUGAUGAAGAUGAUGAGGAUGUUAAAGUGAAGACUGAAAAAACUGAAGAAAAAACGAAAAGUUGGCGAACUGAAGAACCUGUCCUAAAGAAAAUAAAGAAAAACCCUGAUGUGGACACAUCCUUCCUGCCAGACAGAGAACGGGAGGAAGCUGAUCUCAAGCUGCGAGAAGAACUCCGGCUGGAGUGGGUCAUGACUCAGGCCAGUCUGAAGGACGAACCCAUCACUGUCACCUUCAGCUACUGGGACGGUUCCGGUCAUCGCCGGAAUGUCACACUCAAAAAAGGAAAUUCCAUUUACCAGUUCCUUCAAAGAUGUGUGGACACGCUGAGACCGGAGUUCAGUGAGCUGAAGGCUGUGUCUGCUGACCAGCUCAUGUACGUGAAAGAAGAUCUCAUCCUGCCACACCACUACACAUUCUAUGACUUCAUUGUUACCAAGGCGCGCGGUAAGAGCGGGCCGCUGUUCCAGUUCGACGCGUCAGACGACGUCAGGAUCGUGAACGACGCCACGCAGGAGAAGCAGGACUCACAUGCGGGGAAGGUGCUACUGAGAUCCUGGUAUGAGAGAAAUAAGCACAUAUUCCCGGCAUCCAGAUGGGAGCCCUACGACCCCACCAAGACCUACUCUAAGUACACUAUCAAGGGAAAGUAAACUUCUCUGUAAUGAUAUCUAUUAUAACAUAGAAUAAUUUAACUUUAUUGGAAUACUUAUCCGUGAACUUUGGCAAUAAAGUAGUUUUAACAAAAUA